AUGCUAAUCGCACGUUGUAGCUAUGGCCUUAUGAUUGGUCUCGGUGUCCUCUUCGCGGUUUUCAUGAUCGCUAUCACCUGGGCCCUCAAAAGAUACAAUUAUGAGCUCCAGACGUCGGAAAUGUUCACUACCGCUGGACGAUCACUCAAAUCCGGGCUGGUCGCCUCUUCCGUCCUCUCGACUUGGACGUGGGCUGCAACUCUGCUGCAGAGCACAGCUGUUGCAUACAAAUACGGCGUAUCUGGUCCGGUAUGGUAUGCCUCUGGUGCAACCGUCCAGAUCAUUCUUUUCGCCACACUGGCCAUUGAACUGAAGAGACGGGCCCCGAACGCUCAUACAUUUUUAGAGGUUGUGAAGGCGAGAUAUGGUCCCGUCACUCACGGUGUUUACAUCGUAUUUUGCUGCUUUUGCAACAUUUUGGGUGGGUCCUAA